AUGGUCGUCCUUUGCCCACACUGCGAUGAAAAUGGCCAGAAUUUCAUGACCUACGAGUCCCGAAUCCAGCAGAGUCAAGACUGGUUGACCAAACGCCUAGAAAACCACCAGGCUUGCAAAUGGGAAGAACUGUCGCCUCCCCUGCCCACCCGCGUUCUGCAACUCGGUCUUGGCGAUGGCUCCGACGAUGUCCGUCUUCUCGAUGGGCAAGGCAUCCAAGGGAAAUACGCCGCCCUAACACUGGCAUAUUGCUGGGGUCCCAACUCGGACGUCAUUUUCAAAACAGACUCGACCAAUCUUGUACAAAACCAUGUGCGGAUUCAUUCCCAGGAUCUGAACCUACUCUUUCGCGCAACGGUGAAGUUGUUGCGGUCUCUCGGGAUUAUGUACCUGUGGAUCGAUGCUUUAUGCAUUGUCCAGGACAGCAAAAGCGACUGGGAGAGCGAGGCGUCAAAGAUGGCCGCGGUCUAUUCGAAUGCACACCUUACAGUGUCUGCCUCGGAGGCGACAUCGCCCGACGACUUCCAAAACCCGCAGUAUCCAAUAGACACUCGCCAUGAUCUGUCUCUCCAUGGUCUGGAGCACGUCGUUGAACACGGCGGCGCUCGCGAAACGCGGCUGGACCUCGGCAUUGGCAGUGACAGUGACAGUCUGGUCGUCAACGGACGUGUCGAUGGCCUGGAUGCCGGUGAGCGGCUCCAGACCUUUCUUCACUGUGUUUACUUCUUCGCGGCAGACGUUUUCCACCACCGCACAAUCAAGGAGCUGUACUCCCUCUGGCGCCCGGGGAGCCCUGUCCCCUUGCUCCGUCGGUUCUACUGCUUUGGGAGCGUGGACAUGCUUGUCAGCUUCGCAACCACCAUCGCCCAUUUCAGCUCCAUCGCUGAGCUCAUCAUCUCUGCGAGCAGGGACCCAGGAAUGGAGAUGGAGAUGCGGCCCUCGUGCAUGGACUCGGUUAUAUUCCUGAGUGUCUUCUCACUCGCUGGGCGCAUGAUUGAGGCGUACAGCACGGCCAAGACAGGAGAGGCGGUCUCGAAGCUGGGCAGCCUCCGGCCAAACGAGGCCCUGCUAGUUGUGUCGACUGAGAAAGCGGAGACGCAGACGAAGACUACCAGUAUCGACUUGAUUGACUGUGGCGAUGUUGUCAAGGUCGUUCACGGAGGCUCUCCCCCCUGGGAUGGCGUACUCCUGGAGGGAAACGGAGAGUUCGUCAAGUCCAGUCUGACGGGAGAGUGGAAGCCAGUGGCAAAACACCUUGGCGACCCUAUCUAUUCGGGAACUGUCAACCAAGGUGGUCCUAUCACUCUGCGGAUCACCGGUGCUUCUGGAGAUUCCCUCUUGGACCAGAUCAUCAAGGUUGUUGAUAAAGCAAUUAAGCAAACGAUAGUUAAUUGUGGUUAUUAA